GUGUGUGUAAAUAAAGUUUGUUCUUGAUGUUUCUUUCGGCUUCACAGAGGUUUUGGUGAGAUGGACAGACCUUGAUAUAUGAAUAUUAAUAUAACCCCAUAUUCCUUUCUUCUUAAUACUUUUGUCUUAUUCACUUAUGAUUUGUACGUAUCUCUUAGCUUGUUCUUGCAUAUUUUACUUCUGCUUUUUCCAACAAUAGCUUGUGAUCUGCCAAAUUCCCCUUUUCCGUUUUCUCUUCUUUCCAAAGGAUAUGGUUUUGGUUGGUUUUCACGGCUUCAGACACUGAGUAGCAAGAAAAAAGAAGCCAUCUUUAGUCAUGGUGGUAAGGACAGAUACGAUAAGGGAACAGAUGGAAUCAUGGUGCUCUGCAAUUCUCCAAUAAGAGCUGCAAUUAUAUGUUUCUUGAAUUCUGAUAAGAGUUCUAUCAGUGGAUUCUGAGCUGCUUUUGCUGCUAAAAAUAACUUGCAACCCAUAAAAGGCUCUGGUUUUUGAUGAGUUUUCUUGCUGUUCCUCUUGAAUUCUCAAAGCCUUUUCUCAAGAUAUGCAAGUGGGUUUUGUUUAUAAUGUCUUUGAAUUGCAAGUUAUCUGGAAUAAAGGGUAGAUUGUUGACCAAUUCCAAGAUGAGGAAGGCUAAGGAACCCUUGAAAGGAUCUAAUGGUGGUUGGAAAUGGAAAAGGCUGCUUCUUUUUUUGUGGGUUUUCCUUGUUGCCACUGGGUUUUCUUGGUUCUUGUUUGGUUUUGUUUCAACCCAAAAGUUAGAGAUAUCAAGGACAUCUGAAGAUAAUUCUUCAGGGUUGAUUCAACAAUUCAAUGUCAGCAAGGACCAUCUUCAUGAGCUGGCUUCCUCGUUCUUUGAGUCAGAUCAGAUAACUUCCUUGAAAUGUACCAAACAACUGGAACAUGAAACAGCCGAGAAGAAUGUAAUCACCUGUGCUCUAGAAGUGCCAUAUUUGGAGAACCAUGGACUUGAAAAGCAGAAAUACGUAGAAUCGAGGGAGAAAUGCUGUAUUUGUGAUGAGAACAUUCCUACAAAAGGUGACUCAUCAAUUUCUAGCGACAGUUCCGUACCAUUAUUUUCCCAAUCCUUGCCGUCAAUUGCAUCGAAACUUCAAAGCACUACAGAGAAUACAAUGCAAACCAUGGCACUCGGAAAAUUUAUAAUAGAGCACUUCCAUGGUCUUCAGUAUUGUUUCAUGAGGGUAUGCCUGUGGGCCAUUUUUGCAAUGGGACUGAGCUACCAGAUUUCUGGUUUACAUAGAAAAUUAUGGAAAAAGCGCAAAAGAAAGGUGCAUCGGAAGAAAGAUAAAGUAGAGGGUUCCUCUAGGGGAGCUGGGAAGUGGAUGAAGAAGCUGCUAGUUCUGUUUGUGUUAGCUGGUGUGGCUGUAUCAAUUUGGCUAUUUUGGUAUUUAAGUUCAGGGAUUAGUUUUAGAAGGAAAGAAACACUAGCAAGCAUGUGUGAUGAGCGGGCACGGAUGCUGCAGGAUCAGUUCAACGUGAGCAUGAAUCAUGUUCAUGCGUUGGCUAUUCUUGUUUCCACUUUUUACCAUGGGAAGGAACCUGCAGCUAUCGAUCAAAAAACUUUCGGCGAAUAUACUGAGAGAACAUCUUUUGAGAGGCCACUUACUAGUGGCGUUGCCUAUGCAUUAAGAGUGCGUCAUCCCGAGAGGGAGAAAUUUGAGAAAAAGCAUGGUUGGACAAUAAAGAAAAUGGAAACCGAAGAUCAGACAUUGGCACAAGAUUGUGACCCCGAAAAGCUGGAUGCAUCACCUAUUCAAGAUGAAUAUGCUCCGGUUAUCUUGUCUCAAGAAACCGUAGCUCAUAUUGUCUCUAUUGAUAUGAUGUCUGGAAAGGAAGAUCGUGAAAACAUUUUGCGAGCAAGGGCAUCUGGAAAGGGGGUCUUGACAUCUCCUUUUAAGCUUUUGAAAUCAAACCAUUUGGGUGUUGUACUUACCUUUGCCGUCUAUAAUACUCACAUUCCUCAAGAUGCUACAUCGGAGCAACGAAUUAAUGCCACCGUGGGGUACCUAGGUGCAUCAUAUGAUAUCCCAUCACUAGUUGAGAAGCUUUUACACCAGCUAGCUAGCAAACAGACCAUCGUUGUAAAUGUUUACGACACCACAAACAUUUCUGCAGAUAUUAACAUGUAUGGUCCUAACGAGACUGACACGGGGUUACUGCACAUUAGCAGUCUCGACUUUGGUGAUCCUGCUCGGAAGCAUGAAAUGCGCUGCAGGUUCAAGAAUAGGCCUUCUACACCUUGGACAGCCAUAGCAGCAUCAGCAGGACAGCUUAUAAUUGUUUUGCUUCUUGGGCAUAUCUUCUAUGCAGCUAUAAACCGAAUUGAUACAGUUGAACGUGAUUAUCAGGAGAUGAUGGAGCUUAAACAUCGUGCUGAAGCUGCAGAUGUGGCAAAAUCUCAGUUUCUUGCAACAGUUUCACAUGAAAUCAGGACUCCAAUGAAUGGUGUUUUAGGAAUGCUGCAGAUGCUGAUGGACACAAAUCUGAAUGCAAAGCAAUUAGAUUUCGCACAGACUGCUCAUGCUAGUGGAAAAGAUUUAAUAAAGUUAAUCAACGAGGUUCUGGAUCAGGCAAAGAUUGAAUCAGGAAAGCUUGAGCUUGAGGCAGUCCCGUUUGAUCUGCGCACCAUUCUUGAUAACGUUUUAUCAUUAUUUUCAACCAAGUCCCAAGAAAAGGGUAUUGAGUUGGCGGUUUAUGUUUCUGAUCAACUUCCUAAAGUUGUCGUUGGAGACCCUGGACGCCUCAGACAGAUAAUUACAAAUCUUGUUUCGAAUUCACUUAAAUUCACACAUGACAGAGGACACAUAUUUGUAUCUGUGCACCUAGCAGAUGAAGUCAGACGUCCACUAGAUAUGAAGGAUGAAGUACUUAAAAAGACUCUAGCCUCUGUUCAGAACUCAUUGAAUUCAAUCGUUGUUUACAACACUUUAAGUGGGCUUCCUGUUGUCGAUAGGAGGAAAAGUUGGGGAUCUUUUGAGAAACUAAGUGGCACAGAUUCGAUAGAUCAAUCUGAAAAUAUCAAAAUCUUAGUAACGGUUGAAGAUACAGGUGUGGGUAUCCCAAAAGAUGCACAAAGCCGUAUAUUCAUGCCAUUUAUGCAGGCGGACAGUUCCACAUCACGAACUUAUGGUGGAACUGGGAUUGGAUUAAGCAUUAGUAAAAGAUUAGUAGGUCUGAUGAAUGGAGAGAUUGGUUUCGUUAGUGAACCUGGUACUGGAAGUGCAUUUUCAUUUACAACGGUUUUCAUGAAAAAGGAAACAAGUUCUCUUGAUACAGUACUGCAGCAACAGUAUUAUCCGUCGAUAUCAGAAUUUGAUGGGCUAAGAGCACUCGUGAUUGAUCAGAAAAGUAUAAGAGCUGAAGUUACACGAUACCAUCUUCAGAGGAUGGGAAUCUUUGUCGAGAUAGCAUCUAGUUUGUAUUCUGCACAAUCUUACAUAUCAAGUGAUUCAGCUAAUCUUGACAUGAUCCUCAUAGACGAAGAAGUUUACAGUCACGAGUCUGAUCUUGCACUUUUUCUUGGUCUUAAAGAGCUCAGACCAACUGAUAGCACCAACAUAGCAGGGAUUGUACCAAAAAUAUUUCUCUUGGCCAACUCUAAAAGCCCAGCAAGACACAAUGAACUCAAAUCAGCCAAUUUGGUGUCUGAUGUUCUUGUGAAGCCUCUUAGAUUUAGCGUCUUGAUAUCUUGCUUUCAAGAAACUCUUAUAACCGAAGAUAGGACACAAGUAACAAGAAGAAAACCACCAACUCUCGGGACUCUGCUAUGUGAAAAGAAAAUCUUGGUGGUGGAUGAUAAUGUCGUAAACAGAAGAGUGGCCGAAGGUGCUUUAAAGAAGUAUGGAGCUAUUGUCACCUGUGUAGAUAGCGGGAAGGCUGCAUUAGAAAUGCUUAAGCCGCCUCAUUUCUUCGACGCCUGUUUCAUGGAUCUACAAAUGCCAGAAAUGGACGGGUUCGAAGCUACCAAACAGAUCCGCAGUCUAGAGAACAAGGUUAAUGAAGAAAUCCAAUCUGGUGAAGUAGCAGUCGAAAUGUUUGCAAAUGUUGCUCAUUGGCACACGCCCAUUUUAGCAAUGACUGCUGAUGUCAUUCAAGCAACGGAUGAAAAAUGCAUGAAGUGUGGGAUGGACGGCUAUGUCUCAAAACCAUUCGAGGAAGAACAACUGUACACGGCUGCAGCCUGCUUCUUUGAGUCUGGUUAAGAGGCUAUAAGUGGUGCACAUAUCGCUAUGCUGAUCCAGCAUGCGGAUAUGUGCUGAACUAACUUAACCAUGAUUAAGGGCCUAAACAGUCUGGUUAAAUGGCUGUUGGGUUCUGUCAUCAUUAGCGGCAUCACCAUACACAGUUGUUGUUCCUAGCCAUGGAAUCCGUAUGUAAUGAUUUGCCGAAGAAAGAACAAUGGAGCAUGGAAGUUCUUGUAUAUAAACCCCCAUAUGAUCGAUCAUCUUCACCAAAGUACAUGAAUCUUUCGAAUUGGGAUCUUGUAUGAGAAAGCUGACAGGAGAAUAAUGGGAAAAAUAUGAGCAGAUGUUCGAUUGAAGCCUUCAUCAACUGAUUUCAAGUUCAGAUGUACAUGUUCUAGAUUGAUUGUAAAGAAAAACGACAUAGAUUUAUCGCAAUUGUUGUACAAGUUCUCGAAUCAUAAUUCUGUAAAUUGUGAACUAGUGCUUUUUUUGUGACUAGAUGAAAGAAGUCUGUAAUGGAGUUAUGCUUCUGAAA